AAGGUGAGCUGUCUCCUCUUUGUCUCUUCCCUUUCACCGCCCUGACUCAUCAUGACCUUCUCUAAGCUUCUUCUCGCUUCUGCUUCACUUGGUGUAUGCCAAGUCACGGAUAUUGGCCAAUGGACGCGAAAAAGGUGCUCCAUAACGCGUCCUCCCAUAGACUGAGACACUUACUGCACCUCUUUCGGUUAGCGCCGUCCUACCUUCCCUACCUUUACACUACUGCAAACCACAGCCUAUCAACCCCGCCGCGCAUCUACGUCGUGAUUCUACCCACGUCCCAAAACCAACCUACAGGUCGCCGUGCGAGCUGAGAGCAACACGCCGCAGUCGCGACGAUUCCUACAGUCUCCUCUAUGGCUUCCGACUCGACUCUCCCCUCGAAGACGGACGCCGUUCCACGGCACAGCGUGAUCGACUUUACAUUCAACGACUCCAACACCAAUUCCGACUUGAACGUUCUCUGCAAUGGCAAGCAGAUCCACAUUUCCCUCUCGGCAGACUGUUUCAACGAAUCGCCGUCCAUUCAAAGAACCUACCUUCAUUAUCUUCAGGUUAUGGCUGCUUUCGAAUUCGAUGACCUUACUGAGGAGGAUUUCUAUGACUGGGUCCUCACUCCCUUCUUCCCCAUCUUGAGCCAAUUGCCUCCCCUUCCAGAAGACUAUCAGCUUACCCUGAAUGACUAUCUGGUUCCCGACAUGGUCGAUUAUACUCUGCGCGGUGAGGAUGACAAACUUAUCCCAGUCUUGGACAACGAAGGUGAGGCCCGCCGACGGUGUCAAGGCGCUGAAACCUCGCUCAGCCCGGAGAUUCUGUCAACUUUCCCUUCGUACCAUCCUCGUGAGCUCCGGAUCUGCUCUGAGAAUGGGGAAGGAGGACGGUCUAUUCCCCCACACAAAGUGACGAUAGACGGAACUUCGACCUAUUUCUUUAAGGCCUAUGGCCGUGAACACUAUACGUGUGCGCCUCGCGAGAUCAGCAAUUAUAAAGCUGUGAAAGACGCUGGUUUCGAGGACGGCCUCCGCAUCGCUCGCCUCCACGGUAUCGUUAGAGAUGGACGCAGCAAUGUUGUGUUUGGCAUCCUGCUAACCUUCGUCGAUUGCAAUUGUGUGACUUUGGAACGCGCCGUCAAGCCUGACACUACUCUCAGUGUGCGAGAGCAUUGGGCUCGACAAGUCACUGAUACGCUGCUACGUCUGCACGAACGUGGCAUCGUCUGGGGAGAUGUGAAACCUGACAACAUCCUGAUUGACCGACACAACAACGACGCCUGGCUUAUUGACUUUGGUGGAGGAUACACCGACGGCUGGGUCGACAAGGACGUCGCGGGUACCGUACAAGGCGACUUACAAGGACUGAUCAGAAUUCUCGAUUUUCUUGGAAUCAAUCCGCUAGACUAUCUCCCACCCGAUGUCACUCUGCAGCAAGCACAACUGCGCCAGCCACAAGAGCCGCAAUUGUAUGCUACUGCAGCCAGUGCUUGACUCGACAGUCUCACGGUCAUGCAGACAGUGUCACUCACUCUCUGACAAAGAUAAUGUGCGGCCGGUUUCCAACAGGAAACUUAAGCCGCGUUAAUGCUCACGCUCAAAAGGAGAAAGCCGUAACGCUCUCAGAAACGCAUACUGUGGAUAUGCGGCAACAUUGGAUGGAAGUGGACUUGCGGUUCACACUGAAGCUCAAGGGUCUAGUUUAUUCGAAUUCAUGUACAAUAUGAAGCCUACCAUAUCAGAACAGGCUCGGAUAAUGUAUACAUAC